AUGGCUCCUCAGACCAAAGCUUCCCCUGCCCCUGCCCCAAAAAGCAAAGGUUUCACUCCAAAACCCCCUCGUCCAGUCGAAGAAAGACUGCCUCGGCUCUAUCGCUCUCUUUCCGAUCAAGUCGAUGAAGGGUACUUUGAGAAUGCUGUCAAGACUUGCAAAAAGAUCUUGAACCUCGAUGCGGCCAGCGAGACUGCCUUCCAGACGCUCCUUUUCCUCUACCUCCAGAUCGACGAAUACCCUGCCGCCUUGAAGCUCAUCGAGGACUCCAAGAAAACUCAUCCAUUUGAGCGAGCAUACUGCCUAUACAGGCUGCACCGCGAGAGCGAGGCUUUGGCAGCGUUGGAGGGCCUUGAGGAGGAAGGCAAGAAGGUGGAACACCUCCGAGCUCAGAUUUACUAUCGCAUGGGAGAGUGGGAGAAGACCCAGGAGAUCUACGAGAGCCUCCUCGACGAGGUCGACGCUCACUCUCCGGAACACCCCGACAUACUCGCCAACAUCGCUGCCACUUCCAAACGCCACGAAUUUGACUCUCGCGACUACCGAUCUCACCUCGCCAACGUCGGCUCCUCUUCCCAAGUCCAAGUGCCCGCCGCCGAGAUCGAGUCCUACGUCCCUUCCUUGCCUACUGGCUGGGCAACGGCCGGUGGUCUGGCGGCGACGGUGGAGAAAAAGACGGCUGCCGUGAAGGCACCCGGUGAAAAGCUUGAAAGAAGCAAGCCCAAGCACAAGCUGCCCAAGGGAGCCGUUGCAGGCAAGCCAGUGGCCGAAGAUCGACUGUCCUACAUCAACGCGCAAAGCAAGAAGAAGGGGGCCAAGGAGAGUAUGGGGACGGGCUUUACGCAGGGCAGCACGGCGCAGAGCUCUGGAGGUGGAGGCGGAACAAAAAACAAGAAGGGAAAGAAGAAGUAG